CAGAAUGAGAUGACAUACGUGAAGACGAUUUUUACUGUUAUUUAUUCUAAAUCGUGUUGUUAUGUGAUAUAUCAAGGUUAACAGUGGUUCCUUUACUUUGGAAGGAGUCAUAGGUGGUAUUACAAAUUUUAAAAUGCAUGUCAAAAGAUAAAUACACCUUGUUUUUUACUCUCCAAUACUUGAGUGUAUGACUGUCAAUAAGAUAAUGAACAUUUCAAAAUUUCAGUAAAUUAUUUGGUGUAUUAAUGGAAAUCGGUGUAGUAUUAACCCUGUUUUAUUGUUGAAUGUGUAAUUUUAUCUGUAAAUGUACAGUGACACAAUGAAGCGACUCAGUUUACACUCUACAAGUUGUUCUUGUACUAGUUGUGUGUACCGAAGCAGAUCCAAGCAGCCCUCUGUACAACAACUAUUAGCAGAUGGAUCCAAAAUUGAUAAACUUUAUUAUGGUAAAUAUUUACCUUUACGAGAGAGGAAAUUGUUAGAAAAAUUAAUUAGAACUCGGGCUGUUUAUGACGAUGUUCGAAAUCAGUUAAUUUCAACUGGAAGUAGUGAUCGGAGAAGAUCCGUACAGAAAUUAAAAAGACGAGAAGAUGAUAGCACUGAAAAGAGUAGUGCAGUUCUAAAAAUGGUGGAUCUUGUUGAUAGAGGCCAUAUUGGAACAUCGAAUACAAGUAAAUUAAAUAGUUGCUGUAGCUGCUGUUCAUGCAAGUCAUUGAGAAAGAUAAAAAAACAAAUGGAAAAGCACCCUCGAGUCUACAGACACAAUGUUCCAUAUGAAGCUAUCGCUAGAUAUACUGUUGAGGCUGAAAAGAAAGGAAGAAGACAUCGGCAGAGGCUAAGUGCAAAAAUAAGUUCUAAAAUCAGAGCAGUGCAUUUUAAAAUGAAAAGUAUUAGAUCAGAGCCUUGCACGUGCACAUUGUCACUAAAUAGCUUAUUAACACGACCAUCUAAACAUUUUAUGAGAAAAAUUCGCGCCAAAGAGUUGGCUGCUAAAGAAGCCGAAACUCAGAAAACAGUAAACGUUGAACGAAAAUCAUUGAAAAAGAAAUUGUGUUCCUGUCCCUGUAAAAUUGCAAAGCUUCCUAUGAAGUCAAUACGAAAAUUCAGAAAUAUUGGGGCCAGUAUGAAAAAAGAACCUGGUACAGAUAUAAAACGAUCACGUUUUAAAAUAAGAAAAGAUUCUUUGACAUUAUUUAAAGAAAAGAUGUUCAGAAAACUUGCAGCUAAAGACUGGGAGUGUGAAUCAGGAAUCUGUGUGGUAGACGAGUGUAUACCUGAACAAUGUCUCAAAAAGAAAACAAAAGGCAUUGGAGCAAGAAGAAGUGCCUAUAGUCGACAUUCUGGUUCUGAGUGA